AUGGCAUCUAAGUCUGUUCCUUUGUUCCCUUUUCUCCUCCUCCUCCUCCUCCUCCUUCAAACCCUAACUCCUACGCACCAAUUUGAAAUUCCAAUGGGACCAAGGGAUGAAUACUUCAUUACUUUCAAUCCAAGUGGCACAUAUGUAGAAGUUGAUGUUAAAAAUAUCACAAAAUCUCUCUGGGAUGCAGGCUACAAAAUCGCGUCACUAGUUCUUGAGAACCAACUCGUUAAAAUUGUACCAUUUGGGAGUGGCGGUCGGUUCAUAUAUGACCCCAACGACACAGACACCGUCAAGAUAUUUAACAACAAUACCGUCACCAUAUUUGCUCCUCCUGAUGAAGCUUUCCGUUUUGAAAGUUGGAUCAUACUUGAUUACCAGUUUGUAACAUCAAAGGUUGAUAAAGAAGCUUUCGACACGGGGUCUAUUUCCGAGGGAUCCAAGCUGCUCACUUGUGAUUUGCAUUAUGAUCUUACUGUCAGCGAAGUGCCUGAUACAGUUACAGGUGCCUACCCUUGUAUCAAUAAUGUGACAAUUACGCAGUGGGAUAUCUACAAUGAUGGCCAUAUUCUUGUUCAUGGAGUUGAGAACUUCUUUAAUCCUCGUUACAAAGUAAAUAGUCCUAGAGUUGGACAAGAUAUAGCGGUGAUUUGA